AUGACAGAAAAUACGUCAAUUAGAAGAAGGUAUGAAAAAAGUUUCACAGAAAGACCAGGUUUCACUGAAGAUGAAAUUGAGGAAAUAAGAGAAGCAUUUAAUUUGUUGGAUACCGAUGGAACAGGCACAAUUGACCCAAAGGAAAUAAAGUGUGCAAUGCAAAGCCUUGGGCUAGACGUUAAAAAUCCAAUGAUAUUUAGAAUGAUAGCUGAUUUGGAAAAAGACGGUUAUUCGUCGAUUGAUUUUGAAGAGUUCAUGGAAGUCAUAACAUCCAAAUUGGGAAACAAAGACACACGGGAAGGUAUUCAACGAAUUUUUAAUCUUUUCGAUGAUGAUAAAACAGGAACAAUAUCAUUGAAGAAUUUAAAAAGAGUUGCAAAGGAAUUAGGAGAGACAUUAACGGAUGAGGAAUUGAGGGAUAUGAUUGAUCGUGCUGAUUCAAAAGGUGAGGGUGAAAUUUCAUUCGAAGAUUUUUAUACUAUAAUGACAAAAAAAAGUUUUUUGUAA